AUGUCGAAUUCGAUACUUUCCGCUUCCGCGAAAGGAGCCACCUUUCUAAUCCUCCUGCAGGUGGCUUCACGGGCACUGACCUUUGCCGUCAAUCAAGUCUUGUUGAGGUUUCUGUCACCGGAACUGCUCGGAGUAUCCGCCCAGCUGGAGCUGUUUUCCAUCUCGGUGCUUUACUUUGCACGCGAAAGUCUACGGGUGGCUCUGCAGCGACAGGCCCACGGAACACAGGUCGUCAUCAACCUCUCCUACCUAGCCGUCUUUCUGGGCACGCCAUUGGCCUAUCUCCUGGCACUACUAUGGCAUCGAUCCGAUACGCCAAGCGUACCUUACUUUGUGGAUGCGCUAAUUGUGUACUGCCUGGCUACCUUAUUGGAACUCUUGAGCGAGCCAGCGUUUUCGGCUGUACAGCAGAAGUUGCUCUACAAAGUGCGGGCGUCAGCAGAGAGUUCUGCCACCCUGUUGCGCUGCGUCGGAACUUGCGGCUCCGCCAUGUUGGCCAGUCGAGCUGGCCUCGAUAUUGGAGUCUUGCCAUUCGCCAUUGGACAGCUAGCAUACGCUUUGGCGCUACUCGUUGUCUAUGCAUACAAGACGUGGCCCGUGGCAAAGGCUGACGGCUUUUCUCUCUUUCCAGAAAAAGUAUCCUCGACCAAAGAGAACCCAAUCGUGGUGAACUACUUCUCUGCCCCUCUUCUGCGACUUACUGCAUCUCUUAGCCUUCAGUCGGCCCUGAAGUACGUCCUCACCCAAGGAGACUCUCUGUUGAUUACGACAUUGGCGUCGCUGGCAGAUCAAGGCGCAUAUGCGCUGGCAUCAAACUAUGGCGGCCUUAUUGCACGCAUGCUCUUUCAACCCAUCGAAGAAAGCAGUCGUAAUAUGUUUGCCAAGCUCUGUGCCAAACCAGCGUCAUCGGAAGCAGCGGGGAAGAAGGGAGAAUCCAAGAAGUCGGACGAGCAAAAGCAAAAUCUUGCUCAAGCGUCCAGAGUACUGAGUACUAUUCUCCGUCUCUAUGGGAUCAUUUCUUUGUUUGCAGUCACAUUGGGGCCAGUACUGGCCCCUGUACUUCUCUCUAUUGUCGCGGGUCAGAAAUGGUCUGCGACUUCCGCCUCCAAAGUUCUGUCCACUUACUGUUAUUACAUACCGUUUCUGGCUAUCAACGGAGUAACAGAAGGCUUUGUAGCUGCCGUUGCUACGAACAAAGAGCUGUAUGCACAAUCAGUCUCAAUGGGUAUCUUUUUUGUGCUCUUCGCAGGCAGUGCGUGGUUCUUCAUCGGGCAGCUCGAAAUGGGAGGCAACGGUGUAGUCUUUGCAAACACGGUCAACAUGGGGUUGCGCAUUGUGUGGAACACCUGGUUCAUCAAGAGAUUCUUUGCGCGAAACGGCUCUGGCUUCAGCGUGCUAGACACAUUACCGUCGCUCACUGCUGUCGCGCCUGCUGUCGUAAUACCUACACUGAUGCAAACGAGGCCCGGUAUCAGCUUCCUAUCAAGAUUCGGUAUUCUUGGGGAGUUGGUCAGCAUGGGUGCAGUGGGCGGUCUCUAUGCUCUCCAUGUUCUGUUCUUUGAGCGACAAUUUCUUGUGGACUGUUAUCGUAUGCUGAGACCAUCACGAGCUGUUCAGCAACCGGAGAAGUCGAAAUGA